AAGAGCUUCAGUCAAAAUCAUCAACUUACUUUAAAUGAAAGAACACACACAGGGGAGAAGCCAUUUAAAUGCAAGGGGUGUGGAAAGAGCUUCAGUCAGAGCAGUACGCUUACAGUACAUGAAAGAACCCACACAGGGGAGAAACCAUUUAAAUGCAAGGAGUGUGGAAAGCACUUCAGUCAGAGCAGUAGCCUUACGUCACAUCAAAGAACACACUAUGGAGUAACUUUUUUAAUGCAUGGAGUGUGGAAGCUUCAAUGUAAGCAAUAG